AUGAAAGAUUAAAUAUAAAUUGAAAAUUGUAUUUAAAAUUGCAAAAAGAAAGUAAAUACAUGUAAAAACAGAUUGGAACAAUUAAAAUUUAAGAUAAAUGAUUAAUAUAUUUAAGAAAUGGAAGAUUAAGAUAUAAGUGAAUUGUAAUAAAUUUAACAACCAAAGAAUUGUAAAAUAAAACAUGAAGGAAAGGAUUAUUGUUAUUAUUAAAAUAGAAUUCACACUACGAUAAGUGAAAAUUAUUAAUAAAAAACAAAUUAAGUAGAUAAAUUUAAUUAGACUUUAUAUUUUUUAAUGAGUAAUCGAGAUAGAUCGUUAGAAGAAAAAUCAGAGAAAUUAAAUAAUACUAUAUAAGGUUAAAAAUUUUUGGAUGAUACAUAAAAUGAACUCAAAAAAUCACUACAUUAUAGUGUUAGAUAAAGUUAAUAAUAGAAAAAUAAAUUUCUUUCUAUGUUAUAAACAUUAUAGAAAGAAAAAGAGAGUAUUGAUAAUGUAAAAAGGAAAAGAUUAUAAAAAUUAAGAAAUCAAAUAUUAUAAGGAUAAUUUGCAGAAAUAUGA